GAUUCCGGGCAGGGCUCCACCAAGAUAACUCCAGAAGUGUUGCAGGAGAUGCUCCAGCUGUACAACCUGAGUCGCCAAGAGUUUAUCAAUACUUACAACAUCCAGCCGCUCGUCUACAUCCCAGAGUUACCGUACAGCGCCAAGACCACCUUUGUGAUCAUGUACACGCUCAUCUUCCUGCUGGCUCUGGCUGGGAAUAGUUUGGUGAUCUACAUAGUUUUGAAGAAGCGUGCGAUCCAGACUGCCACGGAUAUUUUCAUCUGUUCUCUGGCGGUCAGCGACCUGCUCAUCACUUUCUUCUGCAUCCCUUUCACUUUGCUGCAGAACAUCUCCUCUGAAUGGUUCGGAGGUGUUCUGGUUUGCAAGACAGUUCCCUUUGUACAGACGACAGCCAUAGUGACAGGCAUCCUCACUAUGACCUGUAUUGCCAUUGAGAGAUACCAGGGCAUUGUCUUCCCGCUGAAAAUGAGAAGACAGUACUCAUCCAAAAGAGCAUACAAGAUGCUAGGACUGGUGUGGCUCGCUUCAGUAAUUGUGGGUUCACCAAUGCUGUUUGUGCAACAGCUAGAGGUGAAGUACGACUUCCUGUAUGAUCACUACCACGUGUGCUGUCAGGAGAGUUGGCGCUCUCACACUCACAGGCAGGUGUACACCACCUUCAUCAUGGUAGCGCUGUUCCUGCUCCCGUUGGCGGCCAUGCUCUUCCUCUACACGCGUAUUGGCAUCGAAUUGUGGAUCCGCAAGAGGGUCGGUGAUUCCUCCGUCCUCAACACCAUGAACCACAGGGAGAUGGUUAAGAUCACAAGGAAAAAGAAACGAGCGGUAAAAAUGAUGAUCACCAUCGUCCUGCUUUUCACCAUUUGCUGGGCCCCAUUCCACACGGUCCACAUGUUGUUUGAAUACAAUGACUUGGAGAACAAAUAUGAUGGAGUUACAGUCAGUAUGAUACUCGCCAUCGUUCAGGCCAUGGGGUUCUUCAACAGCUUCAACAACCCCAUCGUGUACGCCUUCAUGAACGAGAACUUCAAGAAGAGCUGCGUCUCCACCUUGUCCCACUGCAUCAGGAAGCCUGACCAGCAGAUCGCAGCGGUGGCGCCCAAACUAACUGUGCAGUUCAUCAAACCUCAGAGCAGAGAAGCCUUCCUGAGGACAAAUGAAGGCGAUAGCUCCAAGCAGGACUCGGCAGCGAAAGGACCUUCAAGCUCCUCUCUUGGAGAGAGCCUGAUGGAAAUAAUCGGGGAAAAGAUCUCUACCAUCCAAACAGAUCUCCCGGCAAAUGGCUCCUCUCAAGUCAAAUGAACUGGCUAAAAGUUCUGGUGAGCGACCAUUGAACACCAUCCUGUUGGCUUUAAAUCAACCAGCUGGGGAUGAGUCAGAUGUGGUUUCAUGCCUCACAGUUGUGGUUCGAAGACCCAAAAAAGUCCAAUAGCUUGGGAAAGGUGCAAGAGGCAAUAGAAUAUUCUUUUUGUUGUGGUGGAGAAAAAGCAGGAAGGAAUACCAAUGACAGCAUUUUUGCGAUAAAGAGGACUGUCCUUGGAGCCAUCCGUACCAGCGGUCUGACAAUUAAAUUGUCAUUUCUUUUCUAAAUGGAGAUAAAUGUCUAAAGUCUGCAGGAAAUUCAUCCCCUCUUAGUGGGAACUUAUUCAGUGCUAUGUUGGAGGGGACCACAAUGUUAUCCCAUGUUACAGUAUGGUACACAGGGAACUGUUGAGAAAACGGCAAAUCAAGCACACUCACUUUACUGAGCCAUAUGCCUUUUAGCCGAGCAUGAUGAUCAGAGACACUGCUCUCACUUAUCUUUCAGUUGAACAAUUUAUAAUUGAAUGUAAUGUUCUCCUACAAUGAGCAGUUGGGGUCAAUAGACAGCCCUGAAAACACAGCCCUUGUACAGAAAAUGUGCCCCUUAAUCACCAUUAAGGAUUUAGUCAUAACGUUUUAUAGUUAAUUGGAGAAUAAAACAGAUGUAUUUAUAUGUGCAUUAAAAUUGCGCAACCUUAUACGACACGUAUUUAAUUUGAUCAGAAUCUCCUUUUAUCACUUUAUACAAUCUUUUUGAACAAAUUCAAACAAAAAGCAUAAAUAAUAUGCCCUGAAAGGAUUGCGGUAUUACACACACAAGGGACACAAUUCGUUUUUAUGUUGUUUGCUCAAUGGUGCUGUGGAAUAUUUUUGUAUUGUUGAUAUAUAAAUGUAAUGUGAAUGUGAUCACUUUGGUGUAUCUCCAAAGUUAGCUACACGUCCUGUGAUGAUUUGUUUGGUAACAACAGCUUGGCUUUUAGCUUCUAUACAGGGCUCUAUGCAGAUCGUCUUAUUAAAGCUGUCGCUGUUUUUAAAUGCAGAUCGCUAGACUAGAAUGCCAGUAGCUUUGGUUCUUGGCUUGUGUCACACAAGUCCUUGAACAACUGUGUCAGUGGCAUUUUAUACCGUGUGCUCAGUCUCUUAUGCAAGAAACUAAUUUAUUAGAUGACUUAUUGUAACUUGUUUCUUUCUUUGCGGCAUAAAUAAAAAUGGGGUAUU